AUGUUACGCCAGAGCAUAGCUGGUCUCUCCGCCGCGAGGUCACCAGCGCAGAGAUGUCUCGUCUCUACCUCCGCGGCCGCCACGGGGCGUCACUUUCUGCGUAGUUCCAUGACGAUACCGAUGGCGACAGCAGUGACGGCGACGGCGACGAUAGCGGCGAAUACGACGACAUUACGACUCCUCUCGCACACCAGAUCAGCGCGCAUGCACACGAGCAGCAUCCGCCAGGCCCUCAUCCCCCCUUCGCCAGAAUCGCUCGGCGCCCCAAAGAAGGCGCGCACAUACCCUCGCGGCCGCAAGUGGUUGCGCAGACUCGUCAUCUUCUCUGCCGUCGGCGGCGCAAUCUACCUCGCCGACCGGCAGAUCUACGCCUCCGGGCUCGGUCGCUCCCUCCGCACUUUUGGCACGGGUCUACUCGUCGCCCUCGACUACAAGCUCAACUUCCGCCCGGAGCCGCUGACGGGCGGCUCCGUGCAGGACCUACACGUCCGCAACGCCGAGCGUCUCUUUGACCUGCUGCGGCACAAUGGCGGGCUCUACCUCAAGAUCGGCCAGGCCAUCGCGAUGCAGAGCGCCGUGCUGCCGCCCGAGUUCCAAAAGAUGUUUGCCCGCAUGUUUGACGACGCGCCACAGGACGAGUGGAGCGACGUCGAGGCCGUGAUCCGCGAGGACUUUGGCGGUCGGAGCGUGGAGGAGGUCUUUGGCGUCAGUUUCCGCGGGGAGGAGGGCAAGGGCGUCAUGGAGAGGCGGGCGAGGGCGAGUGCCAGUGUCGCGCAGGUGCACUGGGCGCGGCUCCCCGACGGCCGCGAGGUGGCCGUCAAGAUCCAGAAGCGAGAGAUUGCGAAGCAGAUCACGUGGGACCUGUGGGCUUUCAAGACCGUCGCAUGGAUCUACAGCCGGUGGUUCGACCUGCCGCUGUACAGCUUCGUACCCUUCAUUACGGAGCGGCUGGAGCUAGAGACGGACUUUUUGAAUGAGGCCAAGAACUCGGAGACGAUGAGGGACCUAAUCAACUCGGAAAAGGGUCUCAGGGGACGGGUGUAUGUGCCCAAGGUCUACCCGGAGCUGUCAACACGGCGCGUCCUGGUGACGGAGUGGAUCGAGGGCACGCGGUUGUGGGAUAAGCAGGGCAUUAACGGGCGGUGGAUGGGCGGGUACGGCAACGGGUCGCCGGGCGUCAAGGGCGCGCAGCUUCAACCCCCCGACAUGGCCGCCGUCCGCCGCGAGCUCCGCGACCGGCCCUACGCCGAGCAAAUCAAACCGGAGCGCAGCGAGUGGAAGGGCCGUCGCGGGCGCGGCGGCCUGGGCCUGUCGAGCAAGGAGGUCAUGACGACCAUGAUCGACCUCUUCUCUGCGCAAAUUUUCAAAUGGGGUGUCGUCCACUGCGACCCGCACCCGGGCAACAUCUUUAUCCGGCGGCUGCCCAACGGGCGCGCUGAGCUCGUGCUCAUCGACCACGGGCUGUACGUCUACAUGUCGCCCACGUUCCGCCACCAGUACGGCGUCUUCUGGAAGGCGCUCAUGACAUUCGACAACAAGACGAUUGAAGAGGUGACGACGGAGUGGGGCAUCAAGGCGGCUGACCUUUUCGCGAGCGCGACGCUGUUGAGGCCGUACGAGGGCGGCGACGAGCGGACGCGCAACGGCAUCAUGAAGGAGCUCGAGGGCAAGACACCCGCGGAGCGGCACUACGAGAUGCAGCAGCGGAUGAAGCAGGGGAUCCGGGACAUGUUGGCGGACGAGGAGAAGUGGCCCAAGGAGCUCAUCUUUAUCGGGCGCAACAUGCGCAUCGUGCAGGGGAACAACCAGUACCUCGGCAGCCCCGUCAACCGCGUCAAGUUGAUGGGGGAGUGGGCGAGCCGGAGCCUGUUUGAGGACCCGAACCUGCCGUGGGCGAAGAGGGCUGGCAACGUGUGGCGGCAUCUGAUUUUCAAGAGUGUGCUUGCGCUGACAGACGUGGCGUUUUAUUUUUUCAAGGUGAAGCAGCUGCUCGGGUUCGGGGGCGGGAUGGAGGAUGAGAUGGAGAAGAGGAUGAAGGAUAUUGCGCAGGAUUUCGGAGUCGAGCUGCAGCAUGAGGUUUUUGAGGGUUAG